UGAAAACAGAUCGGCAGCUUGAGGAUCUCAACACCACCGCAUGUCUCUGCAACAACUGCCGAGUGAAGCCAAACCGCUCUGACUCCCAAACUUUUUACUCGAGAGAAGAAACAACAACGGCGCAGAUCUUUUUACGCACGAGGUUAGUUUGCUGAGGACGCGCGUAAAGAAGAGAGCGCACCUCCUCGGAAGAAGAUGGAUUGUAAGAAAAAGUUAGACUCGACUUGUGCCGCGCACUGAGACUCUCUCCGGGACCGAAGGGGCGGCAAUGCCGUGCAAACUUUGCGUGUUUUAAAAAGUUUUUCGAAGUCGGUUCAUGGAGUUUCGCGUCAGGUCCAGAGAGGCUUGUUUGCGCGUUUUGCGUUCGAUGGUGGUGCCAGCGCAGUCGUUGUAGGUUACGGGAAUCCGACUCCAGGCGAAGUUUUCCUCGGACAAAUAAGUGGAAGAGCUGCGGCCGAGACGUGAAAGGAGAGAGACAGAGAAGGUUGAAGUUGAGGAGCACCAUGGAGACUUCAGCUCCAACAGCCACUGAGAAGAAGGAGUGUAAGGGUUCAGGUUUGGAUGGAAGCAGCUUCUCAGAACUGCCAAAAAAGCCCUCACCCACCACCCUGACCAGAGGUGCCCACCACCUCUUUCCCUCGUUUCAUGCACCAAUCCCAAUCGACAUGAGACACCACGAGGGGCGGUACCAUUAUGAGCCACACCCACUUCAUGCUAUGCAUGGACCUCCAGGACUGACGGGCAGUCCAGUCAUCUCAGACAUCUCCCUGAUCCGUCUAUCACCCCACGCAGCAGCCGGGACAGGUGAAUCGCCGUUCAGCCCACCACAUCCGUACAUCAGCCCCCACAUGGAGCACUACCUGCGCUCAGUACACGGUAGCCCCACCCUGUCCAUGAUCUCAGCUGCCCGAGGACUGAGCCCUGCUGAAGUGACCCACGAACACUUGAAGGAGCGUGCUCUGUUUAGUCUCCCCCCUCCUCCACCGGGGGCCAACCCUACCGAGUACUACCACCUGAUGGCCAGUGCCAGUCAGCGAAGCCCGUACGGCGACCUGCUGAUGCAGAGUGGUGCUGCAGCAGCCGCCGCAGCUGCAGCAGCAGCAGCCGCUGCCGCUACUCAUCUGCCCGAUUACAUCAGCCCCAUGGAUGUGUCACGUUUUUCCAGCCCGAGGCUGACACCCCGGCUGAGCAGGAAGAGGGCACUGUCCAUCUCUCCUCUGUCAGAUGCCAGUAUUGACCUGCAGACCAUGAUCCGCACCUCGCCCAACUCCCUUGUGGCCUACAUCAACAACUCCCGCUCCAGCUCAGCUGCCAGCAGCUCCUAUGGGCACCUUUCAGUCGGAGGGAUCAGCCCCUCGUUCAGUUUCCCUCAUCCCAUCAACCCAGUGGCGUACCAGCAGCUGUUGUCCCAGCAGAGGGGUCUGAACGCCUUCGGCCACACGCCUCCUCUCAUUCAACCGUCACCAUCCUCGUUUUCUGCUCGCCAACACCCACUCACCGCUUCACCGAUGUCCACCUCGCACAACAUCUCCCACUCUGAGGCAAACCAGAGCUUCAACAGGCCUUCCGAGUCUUUGUCUUUCUGUCUUGUUCGGAAUCUGUUGGCAGAUCAAAGCCCCUUCCCUUCCCAGCCCCUGACCCUGCCUCCUCCCCGCUCUGCACCGAGGAAUGCCAGUGGAGACCCAGCAGUGAGCAGCACGGUCAACCCACUGACCACCAAGAGAUCCAAGGUCAAGACGGAAGCAGAGGGUCCACUGCCCAUCUCCCCGACUUGUCAGGACCAUGGGGGAGGAAUCUUGGACUUGAGUGAGGAUCUGGAUAAAGACGAGUGCAAGCAGGAACCUGAGGCCGUAUAUGAGACCAACUGCCACUGGGAGGGCUGCAGCAAGGAGUAUGACACCCAGGAACAACUUGUCCAUCACAUCAACAACGACCACAUCCAUGGCGAGAAGAAGGAGUUUGUGUGCCGCUGGGAGGAGUGUUCACGGGAGCAGAAGCCCUUCAAGGCUCAGUACAUGCUGGUCGUCCACAUGAGGCGACACACGGGGGAGAAGCCGCAUAAAUGCACAUUUGAGGGCUGCGCCAAAGCUUACUCUCGCCUGGAGAACCUCAAGACCCACCUACGGUCACACACCGGAGAGAAGCCGUACGUGUGUGAACAUGAAGGAUGCAACAAGGCCUUCUCCAACGCCUCGGACCGGGCCAAGCACCAGAACCGUACACACUCAAACGAGAAACCAUAUGUGUGCAAGAUCCCGGGGUGUACCAAACGCUACACGGACCCCAGCUCUCUCAGGAAGCACGUUAAAACUGUGCACGGACCGGAAGCCCACGUUACCAAGAAACAACGCAGCGAUGUCCCUCCAAGACAGCAGCCGCCCAAAGGCAACGGCGAGAAUGAGGCAAAUUCCAAGCAUGGUGCAAGAGGGGUGGACGGCAAGAUUGAGGCCAACAGCACUUCCAGAGGAGUGGAAGACUGCCUGCAGAUCAAAUCUAUCAAGACAGAGACCUCCAUGACAUAUCAGUCCAGUCCUGGUGGCCACUCAUCGUGUAGCAGUGAGCCAUCGCCUCUCAGCAGCGCCAACAACAACGACAGUGGGGUAGAGAUGGCCAUGCACAGCGGGGGCAGCUUCGGGGACCUCAGUGCACAGGAUGAGUGCCCCAUGGUUGACUCCACUGUAUCUGCAGGGGGACAGAUGGGUGGGAUGGGUCUUCAGUUAAGGAAAGCCGUGGGUCAUGGUGGCGGGGUCACCAUCAAGCUGGAAAACAUCAAGAAGGAAAGGCUGAAGACAGUGAGGGACUCCUGCCCCUGGGUCAACUCUGCACCACAGCCACUACAGGGUCAACGCAUCAGUAUGAAGCUGCCUCCCAUACCUGCCGUCGGUCCCCUGCUGGAGAGCUCCAAUGUGAUCAGUAAUUUAAGUGGUCUGCACAACAACCAACGCAUGGGCGACCAGCCUUCAUGUGAAAUAACACUGCUGAACCAGUUGAAUGAGAGGCGUGACAGCACCACCAGUACCAUCAGCUCAGCUUACACAUUGAGUCGGCGCUCAUCUGGUAUUUCACCCUGCUAUUCCAGCCGGCGCUCCAGUGAGGCUUCCCAGUUUGGUGCUAACCGCCAUAACAAUAUCAGUUCAGCUGACUCCUAUGACCCAAUCUCCACUGAUCUGUCUCGCCGUUCAAGUGAGGCCAGCCAGUGUAGUGGUCUCCCAAGCCUCCUGAGUCUGACACCAGCUCAGCAUUAUCGGCUCAAGGCAAAGUACGCUGCUGCUACUGGUGGAGCUCCACCCACUCCUCUUCCCAAUAUGGAUCGAAUGAGCCUGAGGACACGCAUGGCAUUGUACAGUGACUCCCAGGAAGGCUCAUCUCAUCCAUUCUAUCAGCAACCCUCUGGAACCGCACCCAGGCGCUGCAGUGAUAUUGGAUAUGGUGCCCAGAGCAUGAUGCCCCAUGAGGUGCCUGCCAACCUUCCACGCCGUGCCAGUGACCCAGUGCGCCGUCCCACACUCGACCAUCUCUCCUUUCCAAGGGUCCAGCGCUAUAACAGCAUGAACAGCAUGAAUCCCAAUAAUGGUCCAUCAGCUGCAGAACGCCACCAAGCACUGGCCAUGCAGGGCUACACUCGCUCUGAUGGCAGCCUGCAACGCUACCCAUUUGCCCCCAGACCACCUAGCAUUUCUGAGAAUGUAGCCAUGGAGAACAUGGCAGUAGAUGGAAUGAUGACUGGGGGAGAGCAGAAUGGGGAGGAGGAUAUGGUGCUUCCAGAUGAUGUGGUGCAAUACCUCAGGUCCCAAAAUUCUGGCCACUCAGGUAACAAUUCGGGGCAAGUGGACUAUCAUUCAAACAAUCAGACUCAGGGCUACCAGACAGGCAUGGCCCCACCAACAUCAUUUUAUGCACAGAGGAGGAUGGCUAUGGUGGAUGCCACCAUGCGUCCAUCUGGUCAGGAUCUGCCUUUCACAGCACCAUCAGACAACCUGAACAAGAAUAACAUGCCAGUGCAGUGGAAUGAGGUGAGUUCAGGGACUGUGGAUGCCACAACCAAGCUCACCAGACAACAGCAACACCCUAUCAGAGGGAAUCUAGCUGUUGUUCAGCAGAGACACAAUUUUGGACCAUUCCAGACACAAGGUCUGGGCUUGGGUAGCAACCAGCAGGUAGCACCUAUGAAUCAGAAUAUGUCUAUGCAGGGGUAUGCCAACCACAACAGCCAGAGGCUAAUGAACAUUAACCACCAGCAGAACCAACAACAGAGGCAAUGUAACAAUGUGAACUUUAGUGAUCAAAUGAGUCCUCAGCAAGGAUAUGGCCAAGAGGCAAUCCCAAAUUCUAUAGCUGGGAGCACCAGCAUGAGACCUACCCGCACCAGUGCGACAGAUCCAGAACUGCAAACAUACAGAGCAAGGACACAGACUGAUGGGUAUUCUCACAUGAACCAAGUGGAUCUCCAGCAAAAUUACAAUGUUCUUUCCCAGCAGCAGCAACAGCAGCACAACAUUCACAAUGGAGUCAGGGGAAUGUUACAACCUCGGCCUCCCACAGACCCUAAGACUAUUGCCAGGCAACACACAGGAUCUAGCAUAAUGCAACCAAGUCGAAUACCCAAGGCAACUCAUGACACUUCAGAGGCAAGCCCAAAGAGGCCCAGUGGGUCAGUGGCCCAACACACCAACUCUGAAAAUCGGAACUCUUCUGUGUCCUAUACAGGUCAGGUUCAUAUGUUUGACCCAACUUCUGUCAGCUAUGAUGCCCCCAUGUCCCCCUGUGCCAGCCAGGCUCCUGCCAGCAACAACACUGCAGCACCCAACAUGGCUUCACCAGGAGUCAACCAAGUCUCCAGCAGUACAGUGGAUUCUUCAACUGGUAGAUCUGGUGGUACAGAACAUGCCCAGAUCGACUUUGACACCAUGCUAGAUGAUGGAGACCACUCUAGCCUAAUGUCGGGCACCUUGAGUCCUGGCCUUCUGCAGAGCCUCUCCCAGAGUUCCUCACGUCUGACCACACCACGGAACUCUGUCACCCUUGCGUCUGUACCGGCAGGAAUUGGCAACAUGGCCAUUGGUGACAUGAACUCCAUGCUCACAGCUUUGGCUGAAGAAAGCAAGUUCCUCAACAUGAUGAGCUGAGAGCAAUCAAAGACCUCAUCGUCCACCCAUGCUUACCAUUUUUACAUCAGGAAUAUAUAGACUACACACGAAAGCACUGAUUGAACAAUGUAAAACUGGUUAUUUCAUACAUUUUUUCAUUGUCCAUAGUAAUAUGCUUAUCUUGUAAUAUUUGCUUCAGAAUAUAAUAUGUUACAUUAAAUGGAAUUGAAUAGUAAGUAUAGCUAAGGAUCAUUUUCUAUCAUCAUUUGUUAAAAAGCCAUACUUAUUAGCUACAAAUAUAUGAUAGUCCAGGGUAUAUAAAUGCAUCAACAAACAACUGCCAUUCAGUAUUUGCUGUUGUAAAAGCCCUUUACAAAGUGGUGCACUGAAUGCAGUUCACAUAGUGCCUUGCUGAGGACAUCAAGGUUGAGCAUCUGAGUAUGACAUAAAAAAACAGGAAAUGGACAUGAUAUGUAGAUAUCAGGUAAUAUUUUCUCAUGAAGUCCUUAAUGUGUAUAGAUUAUGCUGUAUGGUACUUGCUUUAAAUUAUAAUAUAGACUUGUCAUGUUUGAACUCGGGCUGUCAAAGCUAUAGUAGUCACAAGGCAAGCCUACUUUGCUAAUCUGUCCAUGUGCACAAUUAAGCAUGUGAGAUAAGUGAAUAGAGUUGCAGUGCACGAUGAAAACAAAUUAUUUGUGACCAGGUUUAAAACUAUCACGUGAUUCAGAAGAACAGACACAAUUUUAAAUGUCAUUUGU